UAAAAAACGCGUAGAAUUAGUAAUAAUUAAGAAAACGCGGAAUUGACCCACCACUUCCACCAUAUUUGCAAGCUAGCAUCGCCUAAUGGACAAGAAAGUCGAAAGUUCAGAAAAAAAAAAGAAAAAAAAAAACCUACCACUACCACUACACUCUUCAAAAACGCGUAAUGAAAGGGUAUCCUGGAGAAAAACACAUCAGACCUGGAAUUAAAAAGGAAAAAAGAAAAAGAAUAAAAGCGAAGUGUAAUUAUGAGACAAAACAAGAGCUGGGUUCAUCUACCUCCCCGCAAGGCGGAGAAUAAAAAUAAAAGCCUGCUUUGAUCAGUUUUUAAAUUAAGCCAACGUGGUUUCUAACUUUAACAAAACCACUCCAAAAUAAUGUUUCAGUUUUUUAGCCUCUUCACUUGCCCACCUUUGCAUCUCGCCUGCACAUCAUCCACAAUCUGAUUUAAUUGGUUAGAAAGAACAAAAUUCAAUUCUAAAAUUUCAAAUAAGUAACUUCAUGAAAUCAUUCUAGAAAUGAACAUAUACCUCCCAGAUACGUUGUAGGUUGGAGUAAUUGAAAGCGCAGCAAGCAAUAUCUGCAGCUUCUCCGAUGGUUAGAAUACUCCAAUUUUGCUAUUAAUGCGUACUUGCCCAACAGAAUGCUCAGAGCCUUAGACAGUAAAGGAAAUCCAAAUCUUCAAGUUCUUCAAAGUAGAAAUUUAGAUCAAACUUCAAUCUAAGUAGAAAUCAGAAGAACCGCGUUAGGAUUUGGUUAAGACGAAGUGGCGCGCGUGAGCUGGUGUAGUAACGCGUGUUGCAACUUUGCGUUCGCCGUGGUCGAAUUUAUCGUGAUGGAUGCUAGAGACUAUUACAAAAAUGCCAUUGGCGCUCGUGAGCUGGUGUAGUAACGCGUGUUGCAACUUUGCGUUC